GCGCGCCAAAGGUUUUUGAAAGCUAGAUGGAUAUAUAGGUUAGGAAAAUUAGUUGGGUUAGAUGCCAAGACCCUGAUAAAUCUUGUUAAAAAUGAUAAAAAUGUCUGGAUGCGGCAUUUUAUACUGCCAUAAUUCUGCCUCCAAAGGUUUUGUUUUAAAAUGUGUUCCGAAAAAUGAAGAAAUUCGUUAAAGAUGGGUUAGAAAUAUUAUUGAAAACAAUGAUCGAGAUGAAGAUUGGGACCCAGGUCCGGGGUUUCGUAUUUGCGAGAGUCACAGGUAAUAGAAGAGUACUUGGACCUGGAGCAGUGCCAACAAUAUUCCCGAUUGCACCCAUAAGAACGAACAAAGUGCACGCAAAAAGUUUCUUACGAAGGAUAAGAAUGUAUCCAGGCUCUGUUGGAAAUAUAAAUUAUGCAGGCACCGUUGGAAAUGUAAAUAGCACAUACUCAGUUGUUUGUAACGUAGAAGCUGAGAACAAUAAGAAUUUUACAGUGGUUGAAAACCAAUCAUUGAAUGACGAUCCAGAUAAGACAGAAUCAGGCAGUUUAUCUGCAGAUGGUGUUGAUUCGGUCGCGUCGAAAAGUGAAUCUUCACUGAAUAGUAACUCAAAUGACGUAGGCUGAGGCACGUCGUCCAUCCCUUUUAACGACUGUGAAUUCGUGAAAGUUAAAAAUAAGGCAAAAGAGGCAAAUAAACAACAUUGUAAUUUAUUUACAAUUCUACUUUACCUUAUUUUAUACAUAAAAUGAAAAAAUAAAUUUCACCUUAUUUUCACC